CCCAAGUCUGCCCCGGCGGCAGCCCCGGGAGGCCGGCCGCGGGCCAACACCACCAAGAAGACGGAGCCCCCGAGUCUCCUGCACGACUUUCUGCUAGGGCGGCCCUCGCCGGCGAGGCUGGAGGCGGAGCGCAAGCGGCGGCAGAGCAUGGAUACGGUCAAGGCGGAGGCUCGCCACGAGAUGAGACAGCACCAGGUGCGCAAGCUGCAGCCGCCGAGCGGUGUCAAGGACAGGGUCAAGACGUGGCAAAAGGCCAAUGCGGCUGCCAUGGCGGAUGCCAACCCGGACGAUGCGGCCACGGAGCCGACAGAUGUCGCCUUUGCCGGAGAGGAGAUGGAGAGCGUCACGGAGGAGGACCGGGUGCGCAUCAAGAUGAGGCAGAAGAGGAGGCCGCCCAAGGCCAUUGUCCACAACGGCGGCCCAAAAUCCGAGGCGGACAAGAAGGACAAGGAGGUCCCGCCUCCUCCUAAGAAGAGGAUCGUCAGCGACGACAACUGGGUCAAGCCCAAGGUCCGGAAGCCGUCCGUUCGAAAGGUGUCGCCGCGUCCCAGGAAGACGAGCAACCCCACCCCGGCCCGCAUUCCAAACGGCUUUGUCUUUCGAGCAGUGCCCAACCCGUCCUUUCAGAGCAAGGUCAAAGCGUGGGCUGAAAAGGUCGUGACGCCGCCCCCAAAGAGUCUGAAGGGCUCCCUAUCCUCAGACCUGUCAGCCUCCGAGGAUGAGGAAGAAGAGGAGGACAGUGACGACGGCGAAACGGCAACCGAGGUCACAGCGAGGAAACCACUCAAGCCCAGCAUGACUGACAAUGAUGGCAUUCGAGUACGGCCGAUACGGAAGAAGGAACCCGAUGACGACGGAAUUCGAGUCACGCCAAAAAAGGCUGCGGACGAUGACGGUAUUCGGGUUGCGCCGAUUAAGGCUCCAGCUGACGACGGUAUCCGCGUUACGCCCACAAAACCUCCACCUGCCGCCCCUCAGGAUGACGGUAUCAGGGUGAAGCCUGUGGAGAUCUCACCAGCGCCUCGCGAUGACGGCAUCCGAGUGAAACCGGUGGCCGCUCCCAAAUCAGAACCCGGAACUCCAAGGCCGACGCGACAGCGAAGCAAAACUGCAGGUGGUACCGCCUCUAAGAAGGAAACGAUUCUCGACUUGAUCAAGGCUGUCGAGGAAGCAACCCAACUGUCAAUGUCAGACGGUGCGGAUGAGCUGGACUCAUAUCUCGACGUGCCUGCUGCUGAGGAACCUCGACCGAAACCUCGACCGGGCGGCGUCAAGAGGAGCGGAACGAAGCGUCCCACUACUAGAGCCAAGUCGGCAGACGUCGGCUCCCGCGCCAAGCAGCCUCCUCAUAUUCCAGACUCAGACCUGGGCACCUCCUUGUCUAAUAAGUCCCUGGCUGACAUUCCUGGAGAAAUUCCCUUUGGGCACUCCGCCUUUAGUGAGUUGGAUCUGCCCCUGAGGGGUCCUCCGAAGAGCAAGCCGAAGCAGCAGAAGCGUACCAAGCUUGACCGCGCAACGAGCUUGAAAGCCAUGCCGAACGUGUUGAAGAAGGUGGUGGAGGAGGGCAAGAAGAUUAUCCAGGAGAUCAAUGAGCCAUCGAGGCAUGCGACCCCCAACAACCCCCCGAGCAUUGAGAAAUGGCUCAACAAUACGGUUGAGCCCUACGAGAAGAGUAACCGGCCCCCUUCGCUCUCGUCUGAGCUUUCCGACGAAGACGAUGAAGAUGAUGAUGUCACGAUAGGAGAGGCUGCACCUAGAGAUACUAUGCGGGAGACGACUCGAGAUAUGAGACCGAAAGAGACCAUACGAGAGAUGAAGCCGAAAGAGACCACACGGGACACUAAAUCAAGGGAGACUCGGGAGAGCCGGGAGACGACUCCAAAAAAGACUGCAUCAAGGGAAACUGUAUCAAAAGAAAACUCCCACAGAGCGUCUACGUCCAGAGAGCCCACACACAGGAGAAAGCCCUCGGCGGAGACAAGGACGUCAAUGGCCUCUGAUUCGCGCGUAGUGUCCAAUGUUACCUCUGAUCUAUCGUCCAACCUUACUUCCAGUGUGGAGACAACGCACUCGGAAGAGACGACGAAGAGUGCUAAUGCAUCGAGCCCAAAAUCAGGGUCACGAACGAGUAGAGAUUCUGGAAAGAGGAACUCAUCGUCGGAUCUAAAGAGGAGGAGCGCAACGAGGGACUCCUUGCCCUCCUCGUCCAGAUCAGGUAGCACACGACGGCCGUUCCUCGGUGCUCUGAAGGAGGCCUUUCAAGGAGAGUCCGCAAACCUUGCGAAGCCCAUCAAGAGCUACCAGAGUCACGAAGAGCGGCGGUUCGCAUCUGACGAUGACGAGCUGGAUGACGACGAGACGGGAACCGAAGCCGAUUCCAAAUACAUGCAAUCCAAUUCUGACUUGAGCAGCUGGGUCACGACAGACACUCGAUCAAGCGCGGACCGGGACUCGUCCGUCCACAGCUCAUCAGUCCACAGCUCAUCAAGGGGCGCACCGCAUAUCGCUGGACCACGCCUCCGACCCCCUACAAACGGUCAUCAUGAACUAUCAACGAUUCUCUCCGAGGGCUCUAGCGUCAGCCAUUCGGAAACCGAGUCGGAUGUGAGCCGAUCUACUCUCACCCGCUCGACGACGGUCUCAAAGUCGACGGACCCGAAGACUCCCCAGCGACAAGGCUCAGGCCUCAAGAGAAGGCUAACGAAGCAUUCUGACCUUGUGUCGGUCCUCUCACUGCCCGACGAUGCCAAUGUUCCCCAACGAAUCAAGAGCAACAGAUCGAGGCCGAGCCUCCGGAAAGCGCGCGGCUUGUCCAACAACGUAACCGCGGAUGACUUGCUCAAAGAAUUUGCCGACGACGAGAACCUGUUCCGACGAGAGCUCAAAACGCUGGUUGACGGCGUGAUACCCGUGCUUCUGUCUCAUGUUGUGAGCGACUCCACUCCCGCCUCUGAACUCUUUGGAGCCGCCUCUCCCAAGGCCAAGGUCGACGUCACGUCCAAAUCGGUCGUCAACAUGGGAGUUGUGCUCGAGAAGCUCAAGAUGGCGCACGACAAGGCUCCCCUGAACGACAUCCGCCGGAUGGCUAACUGGGCCCACGGCGUUGUCCCCAUUUACAACAACUACCUGAGCGUCUGGAGACUGGGCUUUCAAGACCUGAUUGUUAAUCUAGCGCCACGGCGAGGUUCGGCAGACGAGGACGACUCCCUACUCAACGCACUGCCAAGGAACGCGAACGGCGAUCUCAUCAAUGCCCAGGGAGAGCGCGUGGCCGUCGCCUAUCUCUUGAAGAGGCCCCUUCUUCGUAUUAAACAGCUGGCCCGGCUGAUCGUUUGCGUGGACCAAAUGGUUGCCUCUCCCGACACCAACCAGCUAGUCAAGGAUUUCGAGGCCUUGCAAGAAAAGGCUCGUCAACGCCAUAGAGAGGAGGUUGCGAGGAUCAUUGACGAAGAAGCCGUCAACACGGAUACCUCCAGAGUGCGAGACCUAAGAACCCUUGGUCCUCUCAAAUCCGUCACCAUCACCCCCUCCCGUCAAGUUAGUGCCAAGGACAUCUUCUCGCUUGACCUCACCCACUCCAACGGCCAAAGACUCGAAUGUCAGGUGGAGUUGGUGCACCGUGACAAUCAGAGCCGCCCCGAGGAUAAGGGGGAUCUGCUCAUCCGAGAGGUCGGAGACGGUCGGCGGUCGUACCUCCUCUUCCCGCCAAUUUCCAUGUCCCUCGUCUCUGCUCGCGCUGGAGAUGGAAAGCUAGACCUGGUCGUCAUGGUCCGUGGUAACCAUAAUGGAAAGCCGUGGCACGAGCUGCUCAAUCUGUGGGCGGAUGAGGAGGAGCAGAUUCUGGACUGGCUUGACAUCUUGCCUUCUUCGCCCGUUCCGCCCAGGCAGCCCGAGCCCAGUGUCCUUGAAGAAUCUGAGCUGGGCUCCGACUCUCCAGGUAGACUGCCGGAUGUGCCCGUUGGCGUCCAGAGCAUGCUGAGCGUGACUACCCGGUCCGACGUCACCGACCACGACGACUCUGACAGCGGUCUCACGACGCCACCUACGCCUACACGAGCUGCCCCAGUACCUCCCGGCAAGUCAGAGCCAUCUGCUUCAAGGAAAAUUCCCAUCAUCUACCACAAUGACGCGCCGCCACCACGACCACCAGUUCAUCGAACACUUAGCCCCACCCCUCAGCAGCAGCAGCAGCAGCAGCAGCAGCAGCAGCAGCAGCAGCAGCAGCAGCAGUCACCCAAGUCUCAGUCAUUGCUCAAGCCGCCGAUCGACCUGCAUGCCAAUGACAGGCUUAAGCGAAGAGGCUCAUCUCCUCUCAAGCAUGAGUAUUUGCCUUCUGAGGUCUCGUCUGCCUCAGGCCUGUCUUCUUCUGCUGUCUCCUCGAUUGGAGAGGAUGUAUCUGGGACCGAGUCCGAGUCCGAGUCAUCGGAUGAGGAAAUGGAGAGUCUCGAUAUCCCUCAGACUGAGCUUGGCUACAGCAUCAAAGAGGAAGACCGGAGAAGGCCCUCGUACGCACCCUCGUACGCUCCUUCAAACACUCCUGCCUCUGAGGUGAGUUUGACGCCGUCCAACUCUGCCUCCCAAGCCGGUCUUCAUGGACGGAAGCCAUCAGAGGAGGACGGUAGCAUUGCCAGAUCGGGACGAUGCCUCGCAACCGUUUCCAGGUGGUCUGACAAGGGCACGUGGAAAGACGUUCACCCUGACCACUGCUCGAUCAUGGUUACCGAUGGUCUCAUUGAAGCGUUUGCUUUCCGGGACAGCAACUACACUCAGCUCGACGACCGUCCCAUCGUCGCGUUGGAUCUCACGCCUCUGGUCCUGAUUCGACAAAGCACCGCCGUAGAUCUGGAAAUCAGAUCGUCAAUGCAACCCCAUAGCAAGCUGGCGCCGGUCUACCAAGGAGGCAACUUUCGGUUUCGGUGCUUGAACGGCCCCGACUGCUACACUCUCUACACGGCCGUCCACCACGCGCGCCUCAACAAUCAAAAGUUUAUCCAGCUGGAGAACGAGGCACGAUUCAGGAGCUUUGGGGAGCGACAGGCUCCCCCCGACGAGGGCGACAAGAGCAGUCGCCGUAGCUGGUUUGGUAGGAAGAACAGCUACCGCAGCUCGGUGAGGGCGCCGCAGUCGCAGCACUUUGAUGGCGCAAGCACCACGCCGUCAUCGACGCUGUCUGCCUCGAGCUUCCUCAAGAAACUCACUCUUGUUGGAAACCUGUCAUUCAACCUGGCGCGAUCAUCCGUCGACAAGCGUGGCGGCCGGGGUGGAAGCGCCAACAACAGCCUGUACACGACAGGCUCUUCGUCAGGAUGGGGCUCGCCUCGAUCACCGUCCGUCAGCGUGGACAACAGCGGCGAGGUGCCGCCGGCCAACUUUGGCACUGACAACAUUCGCAUCCGCCUCCACCUCCUCGUGUCGCCGGCCAAGUGGGAAGACUACGGCAACUGCAACCUGCAAAUCCGGCGACCACCUCCUGGUUGGCGCCAGGCUCUGCGGGCAGACCACGGCCUCGAGAAGCGCGUCACGGUGACGACUGCGCCCAAGAAGAGCUCCGAGCCGUCGAUUGUUGUGCUGGAUGCCGUCCUGGGGAGCGGGUGCUUUACGCCGAUGGGCAGCCGAGGCAUCGUCUGCGGCGUGUGGGAAGAGGUCAAGAGCGGCGAUGGUGUCGUUGGCGGUGUUCCGGCGAAUGGGGCCACGGGUGGAAAUAUCAAGAAGUGGUGCUUUCAGUUUGCGAGCGUAGCCGAGGCUGGGUGGGUGUUGCGGCUGGUUCAUCAGGAGGUUCUUACU